AUUUUUUCACUUCGAGAAUUUAAAUUCAAGAAAACUCUGAGCCACUUCACAAAUAUUUUUUAAAGACGAAAAUAAGAAUAAUAAUAAUAAAUAUGGAUAGUAAGCAUAUUAGUAGUAUAACUGAAGCUAGCUUGGAAGGAUUAUUAAAUAACUGUUCUCAGCCAAAUGUAUCCCACGCAACAAAUAAUUCUUAUUUUACUGAAAAAAAUUUUGAAGAUUUUGUAAAUAAGAUCAAUGUAGAAAAUUAUUUACCAAAUCAUGAUGAAUCAAGUGAUUCAGAAUAUUCUGCCAGUAUAGCUUGUAUGUAUAUUGAUAGUAAAAAUGAAAAACAACAAAAUGUAAAAUGUGAAUUAGCCUUUACAUCAUAUGAAAAACAUGUCAAUGUUUCUGAAUCAAAUUCGCAGGAAUUUACAAAUACAAAAUUAGUUGACGUUAAAAUUGUAAGUAUGCAGAAAAGUUUUCCGUCAACUGUAUUGCCAAUAAUGAAAAUAUUAUCACCAAAAUCAGGACCACAUAUUUGCCUUGAAUGCUGUUUUAAAUGUAAUAAAGUUUUUCGUGUACUUGACAAUCCUUCACAUAUAAUUCGGAUACAAAGUAUUAACAAGAAAAAUGAAUUUUUCAAAAUUGAGCCAUCAUUAUGUGAUGAUUCAUGCCUUUGUGAUUUAUGCUGGAAAGACCUGGAAAAAACUUAUAAAUCCAUUAAAUCUAAUAAUAGAAAAGAAGAAACAUAUUCAGAAAAAAAGUAUAGAUUGUUAGAACGUUAUGCAAAAAAAAAUGUUUCAAAAAAUCAAAAUCAAGCUAGGAGAUGUUCAAUACAUUUAUGCUCUCGACCUUAUUGUCAAAAAAUGACAGUAAAUGAGUGUGAAAAUAUUAAAAAAUUAUUUUUAACAGUUGAAUCUUUUCAUUUAAUUUUCGUUCAAUCUACAAAACAAACUAAAGACUUUUUGAAAUUUCCCUUUCGUCUUUGUAAAAUCCAUAGCGAUAUGAUCUUGGUAAUGUCAACAUGUCAAAUCUGUGGUGACAAACUAAAUGCACCAUUUAACACUGAAGACUGGUUAAUGUACAAAAUAUGGAAUUUUGUAUUGAUUGAAAACCAUCUUCCUUUAAUAUUGAAACCAGCUAUGUUUAUGUGUGUGACUUGUAAAAGACACAUUUCUAAAACAAGUCCAGGUUUCCCAACUUUUGAUUUGCCACGUUUACGAGAAUAUAUCCUUAAAAGCAAUGCAAUUCGCUUAAAAUUAUAUGGGGAAUCACAGUAUAACUUGUUCAAUAUAUGUCAAGAAUCAACAUAUUUGGAAUCUCCCAUUGUUUUUCCCAAUACUAAAGAAGAAAAAGAAUUUGUACGUUUGACAAAAGUUAAGUUUUCUGAUCCUUUGAUAACUACAAUUUAUAAUUAUGAAAUUGGCUGUUCUAAAAAUUAUAUUAAAUCAGUAACUAGCACUGCAUUAAAAAAUAAAGCUGAACAAAAUCUGUGUACACCUAAAUUAGAGUUAAAACAUGAAGGACUUGAUACUAACAAUAUUAUGAGUUCAUUUAUUGCAGCAGUAGAACCAUCUGAUGCAAUAGUUAAUCCUGUUUCAAUAAAAAGAAAACAAAGCAAUGUUAUAUGCGAUACGAUUUCUAAUAAAGAUGUAAAGAAACAAAGAAAAAAUAAAAAAUACAGUUUCUAUGAAAAAAAUUCCACAGAUGACAAUAAUACCAAAUUCUACAAAAAUAAAAAUAUUGCUCAUUCAAAUUCUAAAAUAUUUUCUGAAACUAACAGUGAAGAAAUAUUACCAGAUUGUGGAAAAGAAGAAACAGAUUACAUAAUAUUGGACUCAUAUGAUGAUUUGAGUUUAGAUUCUCACAGUGAAUUGAUUAAGUCUAAAUUUGAAAUAAAACCAGCUUAUGAAAUAGAAAUGGAUAAAAAUGAUACAAAAUCAAUAACUGGCUCUGCAUUAUUAAAUGUAGCUAAACAAAAUCGAUGUACACCUAAAUUAGAGUUAAAAGAUGGACUUGAUACUAUAAAACUUGAAGAAGAAUAUUUUAAGACAUAUGAUAAUUCACUCCAAAAUUUAUGUCAAGUUGACAAUGUAGAAAUUGUGGAAAACGAGUCAAGGAUUUUUGGUUCCCGCCAAGUUGUGUGUGAACACAAUGAAAUAGAAAAUAAUCAAAGCGAGCUAAAUUCUCAUGGUACAUGUGAACAAAAAGCAACUUUAUACAAUUGUGGUGGUGACCCUAAAGACAGUAUUAAUUCCUCAAAGUCGCUUAUUCAUCCAUCAUCACAUAUUAAUCGUUACAGCAAACGAUUAUCAUCUGAUAAUAUUGAACCACUUAUAAUUAAAGAUAUUAAGACUACUUCUAGUUCACCAAACCAGAAAAAUUCAAUUGAUUCACCAAAAAAAAAUGUUGUAAGUAUUCCUUACUUGCCAGAUGAUAAUAAAACAUUUAUAUGUAUGACUCUACAAUAUCCAACUAAAUUUAAUAUUCAAUUCCCAGUUGGUAUUGUAAAGCGCAAAUAG